CCCCGGUCUCACCUAACGCAGUCGGCCAGUGCACUUGAUCUUAUCGGUGGUGGCAGUACUCUACAAGCUAGUACGUGACACAAGUUCUUGCACCGAUCAGAUCCACCUACAAGAUGCUGGACAAGCUGUGGGACGACGUGGUGGCCGGGCCUCGGCCGGAGACGGGCCUCGACAAGCUCCGCCGGGCCGCCGCCACCCAGCCCCUCGCCAUCAACACAGCUGCGGGGGAGGCGAUGAAGCCGUCGCAGUCGAUGCCGACGACCCCGACCACGCCGGUGACGCCGUCGUCGUCGUCGACGACGCCGCCGCGCGGCGGCAGCGUGUGGCGGAGCGUCUUCCACCCCGGGAGCAACCUCGCCACCAAGGGCCUCGGCGCCAACCUCUUCGACCGCCCCCAGCCCAACUCUCCCACCGUCUACGACUGGCUUUACAGCGACGAGACCAGGACCAGGAGCAACCACCGCUAAAGAAGAGGAAGACGGGGGUGCUCGAUCGACAACUUCGAUCUGGGACGACGCCAUGUUUGCUGCUCUUUUGGUUAUCUAAAUCCUGCGUACGUACGUUGCUGUCCGAGGCUGCAUGUAGUUUCUCCUAAGCUUAGUAGCAGUACUACUAUACUAGUGCUUGUAACUUUCUUUUGUUACCUCAGUUUGCUCUUUGCUCGCCGCAUGCUAGCGAGUGAUGGGUGUAUGUGUGUACUUUGUGUGCGCUCCAUGUGUAAAUUCUCUCGUGUGGGUGGUGUGGUCUUCUCAAUGUUUAACCGACUAUGGUAAGAUAAUAACAGCCUCAGAGCAAGUUCUUUCUUUUUCUGA